UUGUCGGAUCGCUUCAACGUAACCAAAUCAAGCGUUUGCCGUGUAAUAGAAAGGGUUACGAAGUACAUAAGUAGCAUGAGUCUCGACGUCAUAAAAUGGCCAAGCAAUGUAAAAAAACAAGAAUCUGCCAAUUAUUUUGCUAAACUCGGUUUUUCAAAGGCAAUAGGUUGUAUUGAUGGGACCCAUAUUGUGAUCGACCCACCCUCAGAAAGAAAAGAUGACUAUAUUAAUAGAAAAGGCAACGUAACUCUGAUCAUGCAAGGAAUUUGCGAUGAGCACAGGAAGUUCAUCAAUGUUUUUGUAGGAUUUGCGGUUUCAAGCCACGAUAGUUGGGUUCUUCAGAACUCCCCUAUUUACAGAAAUUUAGCAUCAGCAUGUGGAGGUAACUAUUUGCUUGCAGAUUCAGCUUAUCCCUGCAGCGAUUUCAUUAUAACGCCUUACAAAGACAACGGACAUUUGAGCCAUGACCAAAAAAGAUUUAAUAUGAGCCUUAGCAAAGGUCGCAUUGCAAUAGAACACGCUUUUGGUUUAUUAAAGCAACGGUUCAGACAGCUUUACUAUUGCAAAUUAAGAGUCAUUGACAAACUUUGUCGCUUUAUAGGAGCGUGUUGUGUUUUGCACUAUCUUGCAGAUGUAUACGACUUUGAGCUUAUAAGCGAAGUUGAAAAUGAAGGCCAAUUCGCAGACGAGGAAACAUGGGAACCAACUAGAAGUAACCGUGUUAGAGACCAAAUUUGCCAAGAAAUCCGACUACGCAAUCGGCAAUUAUAAAUUAAGGUUUACCUACCACUUAAA